AACUCGCAGUGAUCAACACCUUGUCGAAGGGCCAAUCAGCUGUAGGCCUGUGUUGUGUUAGAGACCCCAACACUUCACUGAGCCCCGCCCAGAUAUCCGGUGUAAUGCCACACACAAUUAACCAUGAACUGAAGAGUCAAGAAUGCCUUUAGUUACUAGUUUCAUCAAGCACAGACAAGACCAACAACAGUACCAUUCGCAAAGCGAAACGCGCACCAACRCGGCAAUGUGUCAACCUCAAGUCCAUCCUUUUUCGAUUGAAGGAAUAUUAAGCAAGCACAGAACUGAUUACCACGAAAAAAAYAUGAUUCACAACUGUCAUCUUCACUACAAAAACGACAGCAAAAGUGAAAAUAAAACACAGGUAAAAGAAUACACGAUUCAGGCAGAAACCUCUGACGAAGAAUCACACCACAACAACAUCGCCCAAGACAAAAAAAAUACCGAGACAGAUGAUGAAUUAAGCUUAGAUGUUGAAAACCUGAACCACUCGGAUCAAGAAUCKUGCGACARCCAAAAGAAAGCCGAAGGAAGGAAAAAGAAACGAAUCCUAUUUACCAGAUCACAGAUUUACGAACUAGAGAGACGAUUUCGCGUGCAACAAUAUCUCUCGGCACCCGAGAGGGAACACCUCGCCCGAAUGAUAAGYUUAACGCCAAUGCAGGUCAAAAUAUGGUUUCAAAAUCAUCGUUACAAGUGUAGACAACGUUUUAAACAGAACUCAAAYACAGCUGAAAGAGAAUUUGACAUUGAUCAAGGACUUUCACAGGCGUAUACAAAAUCUUACCAGGAUUUAGCGGGAAUUGCAAGACAUUACCACCACACUUACCCAACUUUGCCUUGGGGUGUUCACACUUUCCCAGGAAGAAUCCUACAAGACCUGACUGUUUAUGGUCAUGCCAUGCUUUCAAUCCAUCUAUUCCAUUAAACGGAUACGGAAUCCAGCAAAAACUUUUACUCUAGAAUCUGG